UCUGAGCGCAGAGUGUAGGGGGAGGUUGAAUCGAGGAGGAUUGACGCUUGGUGUGGAGCGAGCUCUGUUGUUGAUUGUUGUUGUUGAUUUGUUGUUUAUUGUUGUUCUGUUGUCGUUAUAAUAGCGAUUUUAAUAUAAUUUAGCGGCAUUCAAGUGCGCGCUUUUGAGCCGUUCGCCCGCUGGCCUGCAAGUUGGAAUCGGUCAACUUUGAAUCGCGCAAUGGAGUGCUUAUUUGUGAGUAAGGAGGGCAGGCACACUCCCGUAUCCCUCCCCGACGGGAAAUCGAUUCUCCUGGGCAGGGGAACAAACACGAAAAUCAUCGACCGAAAAUGCGCACGCCAACAGGUGGAGCUUAUUGCUGACUACGGUUCCAAGACUGUGAUGGUGAAAAGGCUGGGGGUCAACCCCACGUGGGUGAGCGGCACGGAGCUCCAAGUGGGCGAGUCUGUGCGGCUCGCGGACGGUGGCGUCGUGCUCAUGGUGAACGAGCGAUACCCCUACAGCGUGAUGUUUGGCGGGAGCGGCGGCGGUGGUGGCGGCGGCGGCGGCCAGAAAACCGCCUCCUCUCACUCGGCCUCCAAGCCUGGCGGCCGAUCUGAGUCCCCGCGCAAAACCAUUAAGGACUUCUUCCCGAGCAAGGCGCCCAAGCGGUCGUCUGACGACCCGAAAUCUGGCGACGCGAAGAGGACGCGCGUGGAGGAGUCGUUGGACGGCAACGAGGAACGGAGCGAGCGCGACUCGGGGGGCGAGGAGGAGGAGCAGGAGGACGAAGAGGAGGUGGCGGAGAAGUUGAGGAGCCUCCAUGAGAUCGCUCAGGGUUCAAAGGUCACGGCGACGAUGACGGCAGCAACGGCGUCGUCGUCGUCAUCGUCGUCAUCAUCGUCAAACGCUGUGGCGCUACCCGGCGGGAGAGCGGAUUCCGCACUUGGCUCUCCGUCCGCAUGCACUCGCGACCGCUGGGAGAAGGAGGGAAACCUCCUGCUCUUCACCGCAAAGGGGGUCCGUGCGUCAGCUAAGGUUGCCGGCUUCGACAUUGAUUCAACCAUCAUCACCACCAAAUCCGGACGCGUUUUCGCAACCGGACCUGAUGACUGGAAGAUCUUGUACCCCGAGGUGCCCAAGAAGCUCAAACACCUCUUGGAAGACGGCUACAAGGUGGUGUUCUUCACCAAUCAGAUGGGAAUUGCUCGCGGGAAACUGAGAGCUGAUGAGUUUCAGGCCAAGGUGGAGUCAAUUAUAGUCACUCUGGGUCUGCCAGUUCAGGUGUUCGUGGCGAGUGGACCUGGCUUGAUUCGCAAGCCCAUGCUGGGCAUGUGGCACCACCUGAUCCAGAAAGCCAACGACGGAAUCGAAGUCGACAUCGGCAAGAGUCUGUACGUCGGAGAUGCCGCAGGACGCCCGGCAAACUGGGCCCCCGGAAAGAAGAAGAAGGACUUCUCCUGCAGCGAUCGCCUGUUUGCUCUCAACGUGGGACUCCCGUUCCACACUCCGGAGGAGAUCUUCCUGGGAUGGAAGACGGCACCCUACAGCCUGCCCGACUUCGACCCUCGCAUGGUGAGCCCCAGCUCCCCUCUGUUCCUCCCGGCCACGGCCACGCUUUGCCACGAGGAGCCGGAGGUGGUGGUGGCGGUGGGAUUCCCCGCAGCUGGGAAGUCGACGUUCUUCAAAGAGCACAUGGUGUCCAAGGGCUACAGCUACGUGAACAGGGACACGCUGGGGAACUGGCAGAAGUGUGUGGCGGCGUGCGAGGAGGCCCUGCGUGGUGGACAUGGGGUCGUGGUGGACAACACCAACCUGGAGGUGGACGCGCGGAAAAGGUACGUGGAUUGUGCACGGAAGGCUGGCGUCCCUUGCCGUUGCUUUCUGUUCACAACGACCUUCGAACACGCGAUGCACAAUAACCGGUUCCGCGAGGCCGUGGGCAAAGAGCACGUGCCGGUCAACGUGAUGGUGAUGAACGCCAGCAGGAACAAGUACGUGCCGCCCACGGCGGACGAAGGCUUCAGUGAAAUUGUCCGCAUCAACUUUGUGCCCAAUUUCACCGACCCGGAGCUCGGCGCGCUCUACCGCCAGUUCUCCGAGGGUUAGGCCCAGUGAGAGCAAGCGGGGCUCUCGGCUGCCCGGACCACGGCGACCGCUGCCUGGUGACAGCGGGGAGUGACGGGGGGGGCGGCAGUGGUAAUUUAGUAAGUGAACGCUGUUGAUGAAAAUUAUGAGCUUGUCUUAAAUUCCGGUGACAACGGUGGCAACGGGUGGAAGAGAAUCGUGGGCAAUGACUACGACUAACCAUCACCACCACCACCAUCGUAACCAACACCAUCAUCACUACCACCAUUGUCACCACCACUAUCAUUGUCACCGUCACCGCGAUUAUCACCACCACCGCUAUCAUCAUUAUCACCACCAUCACCAUCAUCACCACCAUCAUCAUUACCACUAUCGUCACCACUACCAUUAUCGUCACCAUCAUCACUGUCAUCAUCACCACCACCACCAGCGACCCACCAGAGAUUACAGAAUGACUGUGACGAGACAAUUAACGAGUCUGAACGAAAGAUAAUUCCGUAGCCUAAUCAUUAAAUAACUAUAAGUUUCUCAUUACAUGUUUGACUGCUGUAGUCAACAAGGACUAAGAGAAUAACUCCAUGAGGUACACCGACUCAGACUCGACGGCUCGACUGUGCCAUCGACUGGGCUGUUACGAUGACUGACAUAUCAAACGCCGAUGAAGCUUUGAACAGGUAAGUGCGUUGAGCGAUCAUGAAGUGAAUCGACAAGCCCCUUCGGCUUUCAGGCGUUCCGAAUUCUUUCUGGCAGCGAUCACGUAAUGAUUAUGCAAUCGUCACGCAUGUCCACGUGCUGCCGUCGACGCCAAUCCGCUGCUGGAUGAAGGCCGUGCCGUGCCGUGCCGUGAACUCACCAGGACUGUGUAGGCCUCAACGGGGGGGACGUUUGAUAGCCCCGGAGGGGAGAGUGCUGGAAGAAGAUGGUUUCUAGACUCUUGGAAGACAUUUGGGGCAAAGUAUGUACGCAUGUGUGUUGGACUUCUUUCGCACCGUACGUAGUCAACCGCGCUAAUCGGAGGUGUCGGGGGAAGGGCAGCAAACCAAACGCACAAAACUGUUCUAAAGAUGCGAGUUUGUCAAUCGAGAUGAUGGCUCCGGUGGCGUCUUGAUAUCGGAAGGAAGAGCGUUCCAGACGGCCGCACAAGCGCAUCUGAAAGCGCCGCGCGACGCGAUGAUCACCGUCUCUGUUCGAUGGCCGAGCUAAAAGCCGGUGCUUCUGCAAGGAUGAGCGGAGUUGGCGUGAUGAUGGUUCAUGUUCCUUGUUUAUCGAAGGUGCGAAAAAUUGUGAAACGGACAAAAACAAAUUGCGUUUCGUGUCAUAAAGCUCUCAGCCUUAUCCAGACCACCAGCUGAAAAGAACUGAAUGUUUGGUCAUUUUGUCGGUAAGAUCACCGACUCGGCGAGUUGAGAUGGUGAGGCCUGUCCCAACGGGGGUGAGGGCGGUGAUACGGAGACACACCCGAUGACCGUUUUCACCUCCCGUUAAGACUUCAUGAGUAGAGGCACAGUCAACAAUGAAAAAAACAAUAAUUGGCUUUAACCCUUUCUGGUAAUAAAGCAGAAGGUGUUAAGAUGUCCAAACAACAAAUAGAUAACUCCAGCAAGGCAUCAGGUAUGCAUUAACCGCACGUGCUUGUGGCAAGAUACGCUCCAUCACCAAACAGACACCGGGUCUAACACUGCUGGUGAGACUAGGCCAUCAAGAAGGCCGUCUCUGGCGUAGGCCAAUCGGUUUCAAAGACAACGAUCAGAUACCUUGCAAUCGGUGUUUGGUGUGUGCACAUCUUAACACCUGAUACAGUACAGAGAGUCCUCUACUUACGAACAUUCAACGUACGAACUUUCAGAGUUACGUAGUUGCCCGUUCGGACCAAGAGUCGUAAGUUCAACCGCCGCGCAAUAGAUGGCGGUGGUGGCAUCUACGUCUGCAGAACGUGAAGAACCAGCGGCAUCUACAGGAGAUCGUACAACUUUUAAAGGCAUUCCCCGUGUUUGAGUGUACACGCCGUACGACGUGUUUGGAAUCGAUGGGAGUAAAGUUGGAACUUACGAACAAAUCGACUUACGAACAGAACCUCUGGAACCUGCCUCGUUCGUAAGGAGAGGAGUCCCUGUGCUGGCAGACAGGCCCCAGAGACACGGUCAAUCGGUGUUCACUGCUGCCAUGAUUCCUACGGUGGAGCCCGGUAUAUGGAGAGGCCUUUGCACUGUGGUGGGAGGCAGGGGACCCCGCUAGCCAUGGGCUUCAGGUGACAACCGCCUUUUGUCCAGGACGAAGAGAACCCAUAACAGCAGUAAAGUCUCUUUGCAUCCGGCCUGCAUGAGUGCCACGGUGGCGAGAUGUUAACUACCUCGCCUGGUAUACGGGAGGUCGUGGAUUCGGGCCCGGCCGUGACGAUGCCUGCUGUAUAGUUGGAGUUUGUGUGUCUCUCCCCGCGAGCUCGUGGAUUUUCCUCCGGAUCCUCCGGUUUUUCCCUCCACGUUUUUAGAAUCAACAUCACGUGUGUUAAAGCAUUUGGCUGCUGCUGUAAAUUUCCACGUGGCGAUCAGCCGCCGCUUCGUUAAGCUAUGAUUUGUGGGAGCCAGGUCACUUGUGAACAAGUAUAACCCGUAAAAACAAAGUUUUUCACUAUAAAUCCUUUAUAUGCGUGGCGGCUAGAGUCCUCUCGUCCUCUGGCUUGAGAUGGCUGCCACUUAUGGGUCAGAUGAUUGCAUGGCACCAUUAAGCAAUUGGUAAUUAAAUAUAAUAUUUUUGUCCUGAAAAGUGUAAAAUUUCGGGAAUUUUUUUCACGAACAUUCAUUGUUACGCACAACGAGUCUGUGUGGAAAAUGUCAGCUCGAUUGGAUCACGGGAAGUGGGUUAAAACACGACCGAAAGAUUUGCACGGUCGUAAGCAAGUAAGCAAGCAAGCAAGUGAACUUAAUAUAAAGUAUUUAAAAAGAGCUAAAUAGCUCAGUGGGCCUUAAUCGCUAAAAUAAAAAUAGUUUAUAAGUUGUGUUUCUGUUAUGGGUUCUCUUUGUCUGUUGCAGAUUCGAAUUGAAAUAGCCACAGGCAAGAGGAAAGUUUUUUUUUUUGUGAGCCCAGACCUCGCUAGGUAUGUCACUUGCCGGUACCACCUGAGGUGGCUGAUUUUCAGCGGUUCCAGUUUCUGUACGUGGCCAAAUAACGGCGAGUUAUGCGGUUAACCACAUAACGUCCCACGCGCCAUGGUUAACCACAUAACUCACCAGAAUUGUCUCGGCGUGCGUCAAUAAAUGGGCACGACUGAAGUUGUCCUGUCUCGGUUGGUACCGACGUCUGCUCCGGCCCAGGGAUUACUUCCUCGCUCGGGACCUGGGCUUGCAAGUCCCUCUCGAGACAGAUUAUCGUGACUCUGCGAGGCCUUCACGGCUAACAGCGCGGUGACAAGUCCUGCGUGUCUGCUGUUUCUGCUCAUUCGCGCAACAAACGCACGCUUGAAUAGAGGCUUGAGAAAACAGCAGCAGCAGCAGUGAUAUAUCCACUGCUGGAUGAAGGCCUCCCGACCGCCGUGGUCUCGCGGUGCAAAGCGGUUGAAGCUGAUCGAGUGGGUUCGGCUUUCUCGCUUCUCACCUGUGCGUCGUCAUCUACGUUGAGCUCAGCCUCAAGCGGCUAUUAAGAUGUGCACUGAUGACAUUCUUGAACGUGUUUCAUCGUCAGCCACGGUCAAUCCACUGUUGGAUGAAGGCCUCCGCAAGCUACCGCCACCCUUUUAACGGUCCUUGCGACGUAGUGAUCCACCCGAGGCCGGCUGAUUCCAUCGCUCCACCUCCUCGAUGGACGUCCCUAUGUGUAUCUGGAUUACAAAACAUUAACAAAAACGUCGUGGUAUAUUCAAUCGAUAAGGCUUUUGUUCAGCUGACACAUGUCCAUGAAGUAAAAACAACAAGAACCGGGACACAAAAACUAAAUAUGAAUGAAAAUAAAAGCUGCACUCCGAUCCUGUCAUCGCUGCCUCCCGCUGUGAUUGAUUUGAAGUUGGACGCCUGUAUCGGCCUGCGUGGCGCGUGGGACGCACCGAUUCCACACUCGGCUGCCAUGCUGCUUGCGUUGUGGCCGAAACGUCGUGAGAAUUGUAUUUUAUUACGUUUUAUAUUUGUAUUAUUUUAUUACUUCCCUUCUACGUGACUUUACCGAAAGAACCAAGAAGAUGAAUCCCUGCAGUCACGAAAGCUUUAA